AUGGAUACGUUCAAGAACAACCUGCAGCGGUGGUCUUCGGACCGCUAUGUGGAAGGAGGGCACAUCAGCUCGCUCCAGAGCCACCUGAUAGCCGCGUCCGGCGAGUUCGUCGGCACCUUCUUCUUUCUUUGGAUGGCAUACUCCGGGCAGAUGAUGGUCCUGAACCAGGCGCCGGGGACAGCGUUAUCAGGAGGAGCUAGCAGUGAGACCGUCGUUUUCAUCGCGAUCGUUUACGGAUUCUCGCUGCUCGUGAAUGCAUGGGCAUUCUACAGGAUCUCAGGAGGUCUCUUCAACCCAGCGGUGGCGCUUGGCAUGAGCCUCGCUGGCCAGCACCCGUGGCUUCGGACCUGCUUCCUCAUACCUGCGCAGCUGCUCGCUUCCAUGGUCGCCGGCGGGCUGGUGAGCGUAAUGUUCAGCUUGACGACUACCAUAGGAGAUGUCAACACCGUCUUGGCGUCGAGCACAUCCACUGCCCAGGGCCUCUUCAUCGAAAUGUUCCUGACCGCGGAGCUGGUGUUUGUCAUUCUGAUGCUUGCGGUAGAGAAGUCCAAGGACACCUUUAUGGCUCCCAUCGGCAUUGGUUUAACCUUGUUCGUGGCGGAGCUGAGCGGCGUCUAUUUCACGGGCGGCUCACUCAACCCAGCACGGAGUUUCGGGUGUGCUGUCGCCGCCAGGAGCUUCCCCGGCUAUCACUGGAUCUACUGGUUAGGGCCAGCCAUGGGAGGUGCGCUGGCAGCGUUUUACUAUCGUUUCGUCAAGUGGGCACACUACGAGGAGGUCAACCCAGGCCAAGAUAGCGCUGGAACCGAUAUCGACGCCCCCAACGAUCCAGAAGCAUAG